CUGACUUUAUAUAGACUAUCUGUUACAUUAACUAGGUAUUUUAAAAUCUCGUAACAAUAUCGACAAGGCCGAUAACUUGCUUAUGUAUUUUCAUAUGCUGUCCGUGCGCCACAACUCCAGGAAAAGCUUCGCGGUCCUCGCGUUUCAUAUUCUCGUUAGAGGACGAUACGAAGGAGAUUCUCCACUCUCUUUGGUUAAAUGAAGCGCUACCAUGUAACAUUUUGAGGCGUUCUGAGACGCCGAUACCUACUCGCGAUUAGUCUCCCCUGAGUCUUAGACAGAGUCUUAGACAGGGCUGUAAGAUGGGUAUUUCUGAUGUAAUUGUCUUGCAAUUGUCUUAUUCGUCUCAAUUUCUUCUUCUCUUGUUUAAACAUUUUUUGCAUGCUGUCUAAUUGGAUUUAUCGCCAUUCGUUUCUUCGCACCAGGCGUGCCUUAUUUUUAUUAUAUAUAUUAUUUUGUUGUUGUUAUUAUUCAAGCAAGAUGUCAAACACGUAUCAUACAGUAGCUCUGGACGAAGAGCCCUUUCUUGCAAAGGAAGAAGGGAUAGUAGACGAGAAAUGGACGGAGAGCACGGGGAGGAAAUCUAUACUGGAUCGCCUGGAUAGGCUGAGCCCACAUUGGGCCUUUUUAUGCCAUGCUGUUCUAUUAUCACUCUCUGCAACAUUCUUCGCAUUAUCAUUCUGCUCAAAAGCUGCGAAAAUAACGGACGCGGACUAUACGGCAAAAUAUUCAACCUGGUCACCGGCCGCGAGCGCUAUAAAGUAUGAGACGAAACACUUCGACUUGCCUCCUUUUACGGAAGGACCCUUCGUUGGUAUGGGAGAUGACGUGGAUGCGGCGUGGGAAGAGGUUUCAAGCAUCGGCCACACGAUGAUAUCUCGCGAAGAAAUGGUAAAACUGGGUUUAGAUCCUGAGACUUCUCUUGCCAUCACCGAUCCAAGGGAUGGAAAGCCCGGCUAUCGGGCCGCGCUUGAGGUAUUUCACCAAUUACACUGCUUGGACCUACUACGAAAGAACGUAUAUAAGGAAUACUACGCGCCGUUAGGAGGAGAUGCAUUUGCUGAGCCUGAAGAUCCCACGGUCCAUCUCGACCACUGCAUCGAGGCGCUGCGACAAUUCGUCAUGUGCCAGGGCGACGUCAAUGUCAUCAGCUUUAACUUGCCGCAGGGUGAAAAAGACCUGUGGCCAAACUACAGCACGCCUCGAACGUGCAGGAACUUCGACAGCAUCCGACAAUGGGCUGUCGACCAUACAGUCCCGAGGGGACCCCACGAGCCAGAGCACUAAGAUUUCUUCUCUGAAUAGAUGACUGUAGGUACCUUAUGGAUAUACCCGUAAUUAAAAAGUAAUUGAGUAAAUAAUUUUGCGUUUUAUAUAUAUAGAUAUAGAUAUCAUGAAGACCGAGCGUCGGAGAUGACGGUUUUGAGUAUUCUCGGGUCGUCCUAUGAUGUGAGACAACUGCCUUAAGCUGUGAUGAGCCAUAUUAUGUGAACUUUGACGUUAGCUUCGAGCGGCAGAAUCACUUGAUCUAUGAGGUCGAAUUGAAGAGAGAGCUGUUGUGAGAAGAAGAAAAAAGCUCGCCCUGUACCUUGGCUGCCUCAACGUUGUAAUGGAUGGACAAGGAGAAAUAAAAAAUAAAAAGGAAGAAUCGGAAUCUUCCCACGUGUGCGGAGGAGUACCUAGGUACAGCGCAAUACGAAUACGAAGACUAAAUUGACUAAGAAACCGUUAGGAUGGAAUAAAAAGCGGGUCAUCUGCCAUCUCCGCCUUAUCAGAUCGAAAGCGAUGAGCCGAUUUGCAGGGCUAACAACCAGAAAACCUAUUACGUAUGGUGAGAGGGUGGAGAAGAUUUAAGUUACCGCUACUCUAUUCAGAAUCCUGGGUUCUGGAGAUUCGGAAGCUUGAGAUUCCAGUGGUGUCAUGCAGCUAGCGAAUCAGAUGGCAAUUGGCAUCGCGCUUUUUUGACUCCUUAUUACCUCCUUUUUUUUAGGCGGCAUAUCAAAUUUGCUGUUUGCUACAUA